AUGGCAUCUUCUAGCUCUAGAUUCCAAUCGAACGGGUUUAGCCCCAUCUCGCCUUGUCCCUCUCUCGGUAAUGUCGUCGAACGGAUUAAAGACGCAUGUCGUUUCCUCGUCUCCGCUGUUCUCGGCACAAUUCUCUCGGCGAUCUUAACUUUCUUCUUCGCUCUAGUGGGCACAUUACUUGGAGCAGUCACAGGAGCUUUGAUAGGCCAAGAAACAGAGAGUGGUUUCAUCCGAGGAGCAGCGGUUGGAGCCAUUUCAGGAGCUGUUUUCUCAAUCGAAGUCUUUGAAUCGUCUCUUGUUCUCUGGAAAUCUAACGAAUCACGUUUCGGAUGCCUCCUCUACUUGAUUGAUGUCAUUGUUAGUCUUAUAAGUGGUAGACUCGUACGGGAGCGAAUCGGUCCAGCAAUGUUAAGCGCGGUGCAAAGUCAGAUGGGAGCUGUGGAUGCAACUUUCGAUGAGCUCUCGAGUAUCUUUGAUACUGGUGGCUCAAAAGGAUUACCAAGAGAUUUGGUUGAUAAGAUACCAAAGAUCAAAAUCACUCCCAAAAACAACAAAGACUCUUGUUCUGUUUGUCUUCAGGAUUUUCAACUUGAUGAAACGGUGAGAAGCUUGCCACAUUGUCAUCACAUGUUUCACUUGCCUUGCAUAGACAAUUGGCUAAUCAGGCACGGAUCUUGUCCGAUGUGUAGACGUGAUCUUUAA